UUGAAGGCGAAAUGGAUUGAACGGACUGUGCCUUAUAAAAACCGCAGCACUCACUGUAAAAUUAUUCAGUUGCUAACUACAAACAACAUCAACAUGUUUGCUAAGGUUAUCGUUGCUCUGUGCGCUAUAAGCGCGGUUCGCGCUAGCGGUAUUUUGGGAGUUGGCCCGGCGGUGUAUAGCAGCCACGCAAUCGCUGCCCCCGCUGUGGUCACCAAGACUAUCACUCCCGCUGUCUCCUCUGUGUCUUCUUACUCCACCCACACUGCUCACGGUGGACCCAUCGCCACUUACGCCGCCGCUCCCGCCAUCGCCACCACCUACGCCGCUGCCCCCGCUAUCGCCACCACCUACGCUGCAGCUCCCAUUGUGAGCAAGACCAUCACACCCGCUGUAUCCUCCGUGUCUUCUUACUCUACCCACACUGCUCACGGUGGACCCAUCGCCACUUAUGCCGCCGCUCCCGCCAUCGCCACCACUUACGCCGCUGCUCCCGCUAUCGCCACCACCUACGCUGCAGCUCCCAUUGUGAGCAAGACCAUCACACCCGCUGUCUCCUCCGUGUCUUCGUACUCGACCCAAACCGCACAUGGUUCUCCCAUCACGACCUACGCAGCUGGCCCAGCUGUAGCCUACGCCUCCCGAGCCAUCGCCGCACCCGCUCUGGCCGCAUAUGCCACCCGCACUUACGCCGCUCCCUCUGCAACUUCCUACUCUUCCUACUCCACCCAGACUGCUCACGGCAGUCCCCUUGUAACUAAGACUUACGCUGCCCCCGCGUUCUCCACCUAUGCCAGCCCCGUGUACUCUACCUACGCCGCCGGCCCCGCGUACGCGACCUACGCCUCGGCUGCCCCCGUCCUUCGUUCUUCUAUUGCGUACUCUGCCGCUCCCGCUGUCUCCCACAUCUCCUACAGCGGUCAUGGUGCUAACUAUGGUUGGUAA